CAUGAUAAGCAAACCUUUAUUCGAACAUUUAGAAGUGUCACAAUAUUUCAAAUACUAUGUAGAAACGAACGCAUACCAAAGCAUCCAUACAUAACACAUUUUGUCGUAUUUGUGUUAGAAUCGUAUAUUUAUAGUCCAUACUUUUAGUAAGUGUUUUUUGCAUGUAAUCAAGUUUGCUUUGUUUAAGUGAUUUUUUGUGCAACUCAGAGAACAUGAGGAAAAAGUAAUGAUAUGUCUAGUAAAUCAUGCAUGAGCCGCUUAUCAAAAGAUUAGAGGUUCUGGCUCUGAUAAUAAAUGAAAACACGAGCUGAAGUCAUAAUCAUUAUAUUCAUGAUUUUGUUGAUACUAUUUCUCCUAUAGCCUAAGUUAAAACCUUUUGUUAAAAACUUAUUUGAACUAUGUUAAUAAGGCAUAAUAGCUAUGACUAAGAUUUUUGUAAAAAAUGAAAAAUUUCCUCAACUCAUGAAACAACCCUAAGGAUUUUCCCCUCUUUUUCCUUCACCUGCCAAAUCUCGUUGAGCAUUCAGUUUUCUCUCCACAAGUUGCAAACAUAUUCUCGAUUUCCCCAAAUUUCAAGGUCAAGAACUGCCAAUUUGCUCUUGAAUUCCUUCACUCUUGGUUAUGGAACCCUCCUCCACUUCUUCCCCCUCCAAGAAGCUUCUUAUCACAGAUCUGAAGCCCAAAUCGGUCCCCAGUUCCGCCUCCUCUUCCUCCGCCACCAGCACUCCUCCGGCGCCGGAGAAGAGGACCCGCGACCAGCCCAAUAUGUCCGAUUGCCACUGCUGCGGCCGCCGGAUUAACCAAUCAAACCCUAAGGACCGCCUCCAGCCGAUCGACAGCGUUUGGCGGAUAGUGCUCCUCUGCAGGAAAUGCCGCAGGGGUGUUUCUUCGGGCCAAACGUGCCCUUACUGCUUCCAAGCAACGGGGAAUUCAGGUGAUCUUUGUACAUGCAGAGCUUGUCAACGCAAAAUUCAUAAUGAUUGUGUUAGGGAUUAUGGUAAAUGCACGCCUUGGUGUUAUUUGGGGGCGGGGUUUGAGGGGUUUAGGGUUUGUGUGGAUUGUUGGGUGCCUGAAUUGCUCAAAAAUUCGAUUCAAAUUUUGGGGAGUGAGAACAUGGGUGGGUUGAAAGAAAAGGGUGAAGGUAUAAAUGUGUUGGAGAAUUCGGAGCAGAAUGGAAUGUGUGAGGUGGAGAAGAUUAAAAAGGUGGUGAAGGCAAAGGAUCAAGUGACAAGGAGGGGAAAUGGGACGAUUGGUCAGGAUGGCUUGGUGGAUGGUGCUUCUAAUUUGCUUGGUAAGAACUAUAGGGAUAAUUUGAAGGCUGGGAGUUCGAAUUGUAGUGGUGAAAGUGAAGCUGAUGAUGCUGAAUUAGCAAUUCAAUUGCAUAGAGUUAUGAAUAGUUCACCGAGAAUUUUGAGGGGUAUGCCAGUGGGAAGCUCCAAUGAUGUGGAUGCUUCUAACACUAGGAAUUGGAAAGGUUUAUCUUAUAAGAGAUCUGGUUUUGGAAAAAGACGCAGUGGAGACCAGAAACUUGAUAGCUGUGCAGAUAGUGCUGUGAAUGAUUCAAGUGCUGGUCUAACUGGACUAAGCCUAGGACUAAUACCUUAUAGGCGGGACAAGAAGCGGAGAAUCUGGUCAAUAGAAAAUGAGAAUACUGAAAUAUCUGCAUCAACAUCUAGCCUGCAGCCAGCAUUGAAGAACUUGCAUUCAGAUGAGGCCGGGGUUGCCUGUUUGGAUGAUGCUGGGAUUGAGUGUUCAGAUGAAGCUGGGGUUGGGUGUUCGCUUACGAGUGGUGCUGAUACAUCAGAGGAUCCAAGUUGUGAUAAUAUUGGAUGGACUAAUUCUUGUGCAGAUGAUGGUAGAAUUGGAAAAGAGCUUAUAACUUACAAGCGCACUAGGUUCGGGAAGAAGGUAUUCCAAAUGAAUGGCCUGAUUGAUGUUUAUGGUGAUAGCAGCCCUUGUGGUAACUGUGGAUCGCCCUUCGAGGCUGCGUGUUGUCAAUAUGAUUCUGCGAACCUUAAUACUAGUUCUCUAGUCAAGAGUAAAACUGAGGAGAUUUUGCCGAGUGGCACUUCUGAUACAGCGCAGGAUCGCUAUCAUCUAAAAUAUGUGAAAAGAAUUCCAGGCACCAAAGCUGACUCGAGUUUCCUUCGUUAUGGCACUUUUCAUGCCAUAGACCGCUAUCUGUUUAAAUAUGCUAAGAGGGUGAAGAGUUCCAACUACAGCUCAAGUUCUGAAGCUAAACCGCACUCUAAUGCUUUUCUGGAUGAAAUUGGCAUCUCUGCUACAAGAUUAACUACUAACUGCUCUGCGGAAUCUAGGACUCUGUCUGAUCUUUCAUUUGACUCCUUUACCGUUGAUCUGCCUCAGUGAGCAGGAAAAUUUAAUGACUCCAAUAUUGGUGGCAUUCUUUCAGUGGAUUGGCGGAAAUGGUAAAUGUGGCUUAGAGUAAGAAGGGUACUCUUUCCUGUUGUUCCAUUAUUGUUUGAUACCCGUGCACAUUGCUGCUUUGACAAAUCUCUGUAGUAUUUGACAAGUUAAGAUGCCAAUAUCAGCCUCUUGCUUCUUUAUGAUAGCAUGUAUCAUUUGAAGUCUAUAUUAGUAGAAUUAGUUAAUGCUCUGGCCUGUGGCUAUCUGACGAUGAGUAGAGUUGAUGUAUAUAGCCUUUUUUCUUGGAUCAAAA